GGCGCCGCCGCCAGGGGGGAGCGCGCUGAACCAGCCCAGAGCUUCAAAACAGCCCGGCGGCCUCGCCUCGCGCCCCAGCCCGUCCUCGCUCCAACGCCAGCGCCCGCACAUCUGUCCCUGGGCUUUGCCGGUGACCCCUUGGCCCACCCUGCCUCGCCAACAUGCUGGUGCUUCUCGUCUUCAUCAUUUUCUUCCACAUCGUCUCCGCGGCCUUGCUGUUCAUCGCCACCAUUGACAAUGCCUGGUGGGUCGGAGAGGAGUUUGUUGCAGACGUCUGGAGAAUUUGCCUCAACAACACAAAUUGUACAGAAAUCGGUGACACCUUCCAGGAGUUCUCCACGCUGCAGGCCGUGCAGGCCAGCAUGAUCCUGUCCACCACCCUCUGCUGCGUCUCCUUCCUCGUCUUCCUGCUCCAGCUCUUCCGCCUCCGGCAAGGGGAGAGGUUUGUCUUGACCUCCAUCAUCCAGCUCAUGUCGUGUCUGUGCGUCAUGAUCGCGGCCUCCAUCUACACGGACCGGCGCCAGGACGUUCACAGCGGCAACCCGGAGUUCUACAACGUGACCGCGGACGGCAGAUACGGCUACGCCUACAUCCUGGCCUGGGUGGCCUUCGCCUUCACCUUCCUCAGUGGCCUCAUGUACCUGAUACUGAGGAAGCGCAAGUAGAGCCCCCACCCGCCCUCCGAAGCCACGCGCAGAUAACCGUUUUGUAUAUAAUCGUAUUUUUUUGUGGUUUUUCUAGCAAACAUAUUGUUUCCUUUAAAAGCCAAAAAAAAAAAAAAAAAAAAUUCCGGAGAAGAGUUUUUUGCAUUCUUGAGGAUCCAAAAAUAGACUGUGAGGUUGAUAAUCAGAACUCCCGUGAACCCGAAAACCACCACGCAACAGGGCAGGAGUGAGCGAUGCUGAAGCCCAGCUCCCGCCCCGGGAUUCCUUCCCCAAGAGGCCGCGGUGGGCAUGGCCGGAGACGAGAAGGCAGGGUCUCGGGGCCGUGCUUCCUGUGGGUUCUGGCCCAGUGCCUCCUCACCUGAUCGGUGGGGAGUGACAGGCCAGGAUGACAGCCCUGUAGUCCCGACCCUGCCGCGGCUGAGCUGCAGAACCCCCUCCUCCACCCCCGGCACCUGCUCACCUCACCUGCUCACCCCGUUUCGGGUAUAGCGCUCUGCACCUGUGAGCCUUAGUGCACGUGUGAGACGCCGAGGAUCCCACACCUGCAGAGUCAGCGUUUGAGGGAUGGGCGUGCCGGGCGAGCCCCUUGGGUGUGGGUUAGUGGGUGUUGAAGAGGGGGAACACGGCCCGGGGGCUGAGCGAGCAGCCUUCGCGCCUGUGCGGGGCCAACCUUGGCCUGCGUCCGCUCUUGAUUUCCACUGCCUUUUCCAGGGCUGUUUCCACGGGGGCGGCCCCAGCCGCAGCCCCAGGCCAUGCGUCCCGGGAGGCGGGGUGCACCACUCGCAAGGCUGGCUUCCCUUCCCUUCCCGCUGCCCUGUGUCCAGAGCCACCCGGCGUUCUCAUUCAUCGGCAUACAUCGCUGUGUGUGACGGGCGCAGGGGACACCCUCUUGAGCCAGUCUCUCCCUGCAGGGGGCUCUUAGUCUAGAACAGGAAACCAGUUAGGAAAACGAAUGGCAAACCUCAAGGGAGGCUGCGCAGCCCACCCCCAGGGUUCCACACAGAGGCCCGUGGAGCUGGAGUGGGAGCCGCCUCCCGCGGGCCCUGGCUCUGACUGCUCCCCGGGGGCAUUUGGCCCGUGGAAGGUGGCAUUGAUUGGCGGUGCCCAUCUGUGUUGCUCCCAGGGGGUCCCCUGGUCUCGAGAGCAAAUGGGGCCACGGCUCUGUGUGCUCAGCGGGGCUCUGGGUGCUGCUGACCACAGAGAGAAACCAGCCUUCCUGGAGCCCGUUUGUGGGAGCGGACACACAGGGAACCUUGGGGUUGAGUGUGAGCAGGUGCCGGGAAGCUGUGGAGGGGGGCAGGCGCAGGCAUCCUGCUGUGUAAGUGUUUGUGCACUUGACCGUGUGCUGAGUGGAGUGCUGGUUUGCCCGUGCCCAGCUCCAGCAGGUCGGGGAGACGUCAGGUUUGAGCAGUUUCUGGGCCACCGCAGACACCUCUUCAGUGCAGGGUUUGUUCAUCGGCUUUCAGCAAAUAGCAGUGCACUGUUGCAUGUUCCGCUCUGCCGAUCCACGCGCUGCCGGCCUGCCCCCACGGCAUUUGCAGCUGCUCCGUCCGGUCACCGCCCCCCCCCCCCCCCCCACGGCGAGGCCACCAGCCCGGGACAGGGUGGCACGGGCCAAGGCCACCUCCUUCGGCUUUGCUGGGGGCCUCGCCUCUGGGGUUUACAAGAUGUUGUGCAAGCCUCAUGGAAGACGCCGGGCCCCGGCAUGUCCUCGCAAUGAAAAGACCUUAGAUUGAACAGACUGGGCAGUGUCACCCACAGAAAGCAGGGCUGCUGUGGUCCAGCCUCGGUGCCCGCGUCCUCUGGGGUUUCCCGCCAUGCGAUGUCACUGGUGGAUUUGCAAAGAGGUGACGGUAUUGGGGAGAAAACACCCACCCUCCCCACCUGUGGGUCGAAUCAGCCCUCACUUGGUGCUUAGUGUCAGCGCUGCUUCCACAAGCACCACAGAGUUAGCCAACGCAUCCCAGAAGCAACGAUCAGGACCAAACCUGUGACGCCGACGUUAUUUGAAGGAACCGUAGUUUGCGCAUCCUAUGCCAUUUUCGUCAAGUACUGUAAUUCUUUCUUCGAGGGGCUGUGUGAGGGAGAUGGACUAACUUGUUUUGUUAUUUGCAUUAAAAUUGUCUUGGGUCUCUGUUGGACUGAGUUGGGAGACGGCUUGUCUCGCUGCUGGGUGUUGCUGGGGUGAGUGUGCACGCAUGGGCGGGAAUUCAGGAAAACGGGGACCUCCCCCUCUCCCACGCGGUCUGCCGUGAGUGCCUGGCGCUCAUAACAGACUGACAUCCCAGGGUGCCCUGUGUUACCUAACUGGGAGGACCCCCCCCCCAAUAUGUGAACACCCUAACCUGGGUGGCAGUUGUGUUGUAGUGGGAAGCCCGGGGUGGGUAAGGGCUGAGCUUGCUAAUAGCUUACAGGUUGCACACAGCCAGCUGGACAGCUGUGUGCUGGAAGGCAGAGGUGAUGGGAAAUGCCGGGGAGAGGCCAAGAGGUCUUGGGUUGGGGAGAAAACGGGAUUUUAGGGUCGUUAGAGACUUUGUACUUAAUGUACCUUUAAAAUCGCCCGUGUUCUGUGUUUUGUAUCAUCUGAAACUGUACAUGAGAAAUAAAGUUUCAAAU